UCCUACAGGGCCCCUUUCCGUCCCCGCCCCCCCUCCCUUGGAGAGAUUGACAGUCGCGUGGAGGAGGCUUUUCCAGGCACAGCCUUUCUCAUGGUAAUCAGCCCCCAGCAUCACCUCCCGGCUGCGGCCGCUCCCGCUCCUUGCGCAGCUCACGGACCCCGGGGACCGGAAACAGGGCGGCGGGCGGGGAGCAGACUAGCUAGCGACCCAGUGGUGAACUAUGACAAUGUAGUGGACACGGGUUCGGAAACAGACGAGGAGGACAAGCUUCAGAUUGCCGAGGAGGACGGGAUUGCUAACCCUCUGGACCAGGAGAGGAGUCCAGCCAGCGUGCCCAACCAUGAGUCCUCCCCACACGUGAGCCAAGCUCUGUUGCCAAGAGAAGAAGAGGAAGAUGACCUAAGGGAGGGUGGAGUGGAACAUACUUGGCACAACAACGACAUUCUGCAAGCCUCUGUAGAUGGUCCAGAAGAAAUGAAGGAAGACUAUGACACUAUGGGGCCGGAAGCCACGAUCCAGACCACAGUUAACAAUGGUACAGUUAAGAAUGCAAAUUGCACAUCAGACUUCGAGGAAUACUUUGCCAAAAGAAAACUGGAGGAACGCGAUGGCCAUGCAGUCAGCAUCGAGGAGUACCUUCAGCGCAGUGACACAGCCAUUAUUUACCCAGAAGCCCCCGAGGAGCUGUCUCGCCUUGGCACGCCAGAGGCCAAUGGGCAAGAAGAAAAUGACCUGCCACCUGGAACUCCAGAUGCUUUUGCCCAACUGCUGACCUGCCCCUACUGCGACCGGGGCUACAAGCGCUUGACAUCACUGAAGGAGCACAUCAAGUACCGCCACGAGAAGAAUGAAGAGAACUUUUCCUGCCCUCUUUGUAGCUACACGUUUGCCUACCGCACCCAGCUCGAGCGGCAUAUGGUGACGCACAAGCCAGGGACAGAUCAGCACCAAAUGCUGACCCAAGGAGCAGGUAAUCGCAAGUUCAAAUGCACAGAGUGCGGCAAGGCUUUCAAAUAUAAACACCAUCUGAAAGAACACCUGCGAAUUCACAGUGGUGAAAAACCGUACGAGUGCCCAAACUGCAAGAAGCGUUUCUCCCAUUCUGGUUCCUACAGUUCACACAUCAGCAGCAAGAAAUGUAUUGGUUUAAUCUCUGUAAAUGGCCGAAUGAGAAACAAUAUCAAGACGGGUUCUUCCCCUAAUUCUGUUUCUUCUUCUCCUACUAAUUCAGCUAUUACCCAGUUAAGGAACAAAUUGGAGAAUGGAAAACCACUUAGUAUGUCUGAACAGACAGGCUUACUUAAAAUUAAAACAGAACCACUAGACUUCAAUGACUACAAAGUUCUUAUGGCCACACACGGGUUUAGUGGCACUAGUCCCUUUAUGAAUGGUGCCCUUGGAGCCACCAGCCCUUUGGGAGUUCAUCCGUCUGCUCAGAGUCCAAUGCAGCACUUAGGUGUAGGGAUGGAAGCCCCUUUACUCGGAUUUCCCACAAUGAAUAGUAACUUAAGCGAGGUACAAAAGGUUCUACAGAUUGUGGACAAUACGGUUUCCAGGCAAAAAAUGGACUGCAAGGCUGAAGAAAUUUCCAAGUUGAAAGGUUAUCACAUGAAGGAUCCAUGCUCUCAACCUGAGGAACAAGGAGUUACUUCCCCUAAUAUUCCACCCGUAGGUCUUCCAGUAGUGAGUCAUAAUGGUGCCACUAAAAGUAUUAUUGACUACACAUUAGAAAAAGUCAAUGAAGCCAAAGCUUGCCUCCAGAGCUUGACUACUGACUCAAGGAGACAGAUCAGUAAUAUAAAGAAAGAGAAGCUACGUACUUUAAUAGAUUUGGUCACUGAUGAUAAAAUGAUCGAGAACCACAACAUAUCCACUCCAUUUUCUUGCCAGUUCUGUAAAGAAAGUUUCCCUGGCCCCAUUCCCUUGCAUCAGCAUGAACGUUACCUUUGUAAGAUGAAUGAAGAGAUCAAGGCAGUCCUGCAACCUCACGACAACAUAGUCCCCAACAAAGCCGGAGUUUUUGUUGAUAAUAAAGCCCUCCUCUUGUCAUCUGUACUUUCUGAGAAAGGAAUGACAAGCCCCAUCAACCCAUACAAGGACCACAUGUCUGUACUGAAAGCGUAUUAUGCUAUGAACAUGGAGCCCAACUCUGAUGAACUGCUGAAAAUUUCCAUUGCUGUGGGCCUUCCUCAGGAAUUUGUGAAGGAAUGGUUUGAGCAACGAAAAGUCUACCAGUAUUCAAAUUCCAGGUCACCAUCACUGGAAAGGACCUCCAAGCCGCUAGCUGCCAACAGUAACCCUCCCACAAAAGACUCUUUAUUACCCAGGUCUCCCGUAAAGCCUAUGGACUCCAUAACAUCACCCUCCAUAGCAGAACUCCACAACAGUGUGACGAAUUGUGAUCCUCCUCUCAGGCUAAGCAAACCUUCCCAUUUUACCAAUAUUAAACCAGUCGAAAAAUUGGACCACUCAAGGAGUAAUACUCCCUCUCCCUUAAAUC